ACCAGCGCGGGCGGAGGCCGGUUCCCAUAGGGAUCGCUGGCCGACCGGCUGCGACAGAGCGGGGCCAGAGUCGGCGAGGCUGGAGCGAGGCCGGCGAGGCAGCCGCGGCGCCGUCCUUGACAAAGACCCAUCGUUGACUGGGGCUGUUCAUGCCAAUAUUUACUAAGCGACAUUUUCAAAUUAUGUGAAGAUCCAUUUUAAGAAGAUUUAUUCAUCAGUGAUGGAGAAGUAUGAAAAAAUUGGGAAAAUUGGUGAAGGAUCCUAUGGAGUUGUUUUCAAAUGCCGAAACAGGGACACAGGUCAGAUUGUGGCCAUCAAGAGGUUUCUGGAAUCAGAAGAUGACCCUGUCAUAAAGAAAAUCGCCCUUCGAGAAAUCCGCAUGCUCAAGCAACUCAAGCAUCCCAACCUUGUCAACCUUAUUGAAGUCUUCAGGAGGAAGCGGAGGCUUCACCUGGUGUUUGAGUACUGUGACCACACGGUGCUCCAUGAGCUGGACAGACACCAAAGAGGGGUACCAGAACAUCUCGUGAAGAGCAUAACUUGGCAGAUACUGCAAGCUGUAAAUUUUUGCCAUAAACACAGUUGCAUACACAGGGAUGUGAAGCCGGAAAACAUUCUCGUCACGAAACAGUCUGUGAUUAAGCUUUGUGACUUUGGAUUCGCUCGACUUUUGACUGGACCUAGCGACUACUACACAGACUACGUGGCCACCCGCUGGUACCGCUCCCCAGAGCUGUUGGUGGGGGACACGCAAUACGGCCCCCCAGUGGAUGUUUGGGCGAUUGGCUGUGUCUUUGCUGAGCUGCUGUCAGGGGUUCCUCUGUGGCCAGGAAAAUCAGAUGUGGAUCAGCUCUAUCUGAUUAGGAAAACCUUGGGAGACCUCAUUCCUAGGCACCAACACGUAUUUAGCACAAAUCAGUACUUCAGUGGGGUAAAAAUUCCAGACCCUGACGAUAUGGAACCGCUUGAAUUAAAAUUUCCAAACAUCUCUUAUCCUGCCCUGGGCCUCUUAAAGGGCUGUCUCCACAUGAAUCCUGCCGAGAGACUGACGUGUGAGCAGCUGUUGCAGCAUUCGUAUUUUGACAGUAUCAGAGGAACGGGGGAUUCGGCAAAAGAGCAGGAGAAACCAACAAAGAAGACCCUACGACAGAGCCGAACGCACUUGCCGGGGUUGCAGUGCCUACCUCAGCUGACCAGCAGCAGCAUCCUUCCAGCUCUGGAUAACAAGAAAUAUUGCUAUAACACCAAGAAACUUAACUACCACUUUCCAAACAUUUAAACAGCUUGGAGAUUGAUGAUAAAAAAAAAAAGAGUCGGUCAUCAAUUUGAAUAAAACACACAUGGUUGAAAACAAUCACAACGUUGGAAAAAGCCUCAGGAGAAAACUUAAGUAGCUAAGUGGGGGAAGCCACAUGGCAAGAUGUGAAGGAAAAUUCCAGAGGCAGUCUUCCAUGCAAAUAAUGCUGUCCACAACAGAAAGGAACAACUUCUUUGGAUUUUCACUUGUAUUUUUAUUGUAUCUAAGUAGCUGAGCUGAUGGGCAGAAUAUAAACUGUAUAUACUGUACUCGCCCAUACCUCUGGCAAAAUAGAGAUGCAAGAAAAAAAAAAAAGAUUUAUGCUAUAAUCGUACCAGAUAGAACAAGUGAAAAUGGAUUACAGAAUGCCCACAUAUUUUUUUUGGAUCUCUGUUGCUUUGAGUCCUGUCUCCUGCCUCUUGAGAUUUUCUCAUCAUAUUUAAGGAGGGUUUUAGUUCUUAAAAGCAAAAUGUUUAAAAUUCCAUUUCCUGCUUGUUCUAGUUCUUGAUUUUUAUAUAUGGAAACUUCUUGAAUAUUUGAGUCAUUCAAAAUAUUUAAAAUCAUAUGGAUUAUCAUAAAAGGACUGUAAUUUAUCUGCCUAUAUAUUUAGUGAUGUGUUUAUAGACACUUCUUACAUAUACUUUGGUCUUUACCUUUGGAAAAUGAUGCAUCUUAGUCAUUUUUGCAGGCAAGAUGGGUUGACUAUAAUCUGUCUACAUUUGUUCACCCAGUUACCCUUGCAAACAAUGGCAUGAAGCUUGGCCGUUGACCAAGGGGUAGAACAAGAUCUACAGGCUUUGCAAGAACUGAUCCUGCCAGCCUGAAAGUAAUUAAUACUCCAUUCUCUCCAGUUCAGCCUCAGACCUGGAGACAGAGCAACAGGCAGGAUUAUAUACCGUGAUCUGGGUUUUGGAAGAAACUGCUUAUAAAUUUUCACUUGGGUCAUAAGAGAUAUUAUGUUUUAAGUUGAUAUUUUCCCUGAAAUAUCUUUUUACACUCUAUGUAUAUGUUGUAUAUAUAUGUAUACUGCACACGCCUAUAUGUGUGUAUAUAUACUAACCUAGUAACUAAACGCUAACAAUAAUAGGCCAAAGUGAUAUUAUUGAGAAUUGCUAGCUUUGUACAGUGAUACUUAAAAUGAUGACAUAUAAUUAGCUUUGAUUUGGCCUAUUGUUUCUAUUCAAAAAGCUUUUUCAUCUUUGUCCCCUGGACAUAAGGGCAAUAUGAAGCUGAUGUCUGUUUCUUAUUGUUCAACCCCAUUUUUGAUCGAUGUGCUGCUAUUUCGUAGCAGUUCUCGGCCAUGGUUUUUGAAGAUGUACUUUACUGUUUACUGUAUCUUCAAAACAUUUCUUCUGCACUUCAGUUUACUGCUAUAUUAAUUUUCUUCAUGACAGCAUUUGACUGUUUUCACUUACUGCACAGUGAUUCUGGCAUCUGUUCAAUAAUUUUGACUACCCCAGCCAGUUUAAUGAUAGCUUGAGGCUUCCUGAUGUAUCUAGUAGCUUCUUGCAUAGAGCUGACAGUGGGCUAAAUAACCAGUCACAAUAUAAUCUAAUUCUUGUUACACAGACUUUGAUUCAAAUGACAAAGAAGGACAUCCAACUUCUGCAAUAGUGUAAAUUUUAUAUUUUCUUUUUUCCUUACCCCUAACAAUGCACUUGACGAGGCAGAUGACUGUAACUGCCUAAUUUAUCCAGUAUUUUUAAAGAAUUCCAUUCAGAAUAGAAAAGUAUCUCCAGACUAACUUGUGGUCAAUCAGUUGCUUCAUCACAUAGUAAUCAAACAAACCUGAGAUAGAAGUGGUCAUGUUUUUCUGACUUCUAUAAAAUGUAUGCUUAUACUUAACCAUAUCCGUGAUCCUUUCUUCAUCACGGAAUCACCACUGUUUCACAUGAGACAAACAUUUUCUGAUUUUUUAAAUGACAGUGGCAAUUAUAUUAGUAAACAGCAUAUCAUUUAUAGCACAUGCUAUUUACAUAAUCCAGUUUCUAAACACAACUAAAAUUCAUUUUUUUACUAUAAGGGUGCAUCACAGAAAGUGUUUCUUUUAAAACUAUCUCCAGUCAAGGUUAUAUCCAACAGAAUAAUGUUCAAACAUACAGACAUCCACAAACAAGUUGGCAUAUAACUAACAAUAAUAGAAUCAGGGCCAUUUCAAACAGGUAAAAAUAAAGAUCUGAUUUUAUCUAUU